CCGUUACUCUAGUCUGCGUGUUUGAGCUCAGUGACUCAAACUCUUGUGAUGCCCUGAAGCGCUCUCUCAGUAGGCAGCUCACUGGGAUAUAGGCCACAGCCUGUGGGUUUUCUCCGGGACUCUCCACACGCCCUGCAGUCUCUCAGUAGAACACAUGCGGGAUAAAGAUGGCUUGAGAAACAGCAGAAACAGACUGGGCUUCUGGAAACUUCUCACUGCUCUUUAAGGCUCGAGGGAGGAAGAAAGCCUCAGGAAGAUCAAGCAGAAGGUCUAGGCAUUUUGAAGAUGAACAUUCAGUCAGCAAUCAGCCGUGAGAUCUUCGUACCAAAAGAUGAAAAGUUACUGGUAGCCAUUGAGGUGAGGAGAAGGAUGAAGAGGAAAGGACUGUCGUUCCUCAAUGCAAGUCGCAAGAGGGACUACUCAACUUUUCUCUGCUUGUCAGUUGCCAACAGUCGACCAGCUCAAGUCCUCAUCACUAAAGUCAAGAGGUAUCCGGGCACGCGACAGUUUGCUAAAAGAUCUCAAUGGUCUGUGGAGCAGCUUCGCCAGGUCGACGGCAUCAACCCUGAUAAGGACACUCCUGAGUUCGACCUAGUGUUCGAUCGCACCUCUGAUCAGUGGGUGGCCGGCUCAGAUGCAGAGAAAUGCAUGUUUGUGCAAGUUCUUUAUCACGCUUGUCAGAACUACUGGGAGGCAAAGCAUGGCAAAGCACCGACCCCUGGAGAACAGAAGACACCAGGAGCUCCGGAGAACAAGAAGAGCCCUGGUGCUCCAUGCCAAACUACCUUUGUCAACUGUCAGCAAAAGCUAAUGGGAGAUGCUUGUUCUGUUAAUAUGGUCAUCUACCGCUGCAAGAUUUUUUUGAAGAGAAUGAAGAGCAGUAUGACUGCAAACCAGGGUCGGCUUCAGCGUGAAGCAGCAACAGCUGUUAAAGCAUCCAGGAGCAGGAGUAGCCAGUCCCCUCCGGCCGGGAAGAAGAUGGGGAAUGUAAUGCGGAGGGCCAGUCAGGUUCUGAGUGAGCGCGGGGAGCGUCUGAUGAGGGCGGAGGAGAAGACCGGACACUUCUUCCACGGAGCCAAGCAGUUUGCAGAAGCAGCUCAGAAGAUGGCUCUGAAGCAGAUUUAGACGUGUUCUGGAUGACCUGCAAAUAAACUUUUUUUAAACAUAGCUUUUAAUCCUCUGGUCGCUGGAUAAAUGCAGCUUUCUCAUCUAACUCAGAUUUUGAUUUGGAGUGUUUUUUUUUUUUUUUUGCAAGCCAUUGAGCAAUUCAAGCAUCU